UUGAUUCAUACAAUUCAAGUAUUCAUUAAAUUAUUCCUACUCUAUCCAUAAAUGUGAAUAUAUCGAGUCGAGUCGACUGUAUUGUAGGCUGUAUGUACUUAACACAUGUGACUUGGCUGCCUAUCUCGCCGCUGCUCCGCCUCCGUCACCACCCCGCUCUACCUGACACUGCUCUGCACUCUUUCCACCUCGACUUCUUUCCAUAUUCUUACAUCUCACACAAACAGCCGUCAAAAUGGUCCUCCGAGAUCCGAUCUUCGAAGCUCGCACAAAUGUAAAGCUACACUCGAACCGGCUCAAAAAGGAAGCCGCGCGCGCCGAAUCUACCUUCAAAUCCGAAAAAGCCAAAGCCGACAAGGCCAUGAAAAACCACGAAUUCCAGAUCGCGCGCAUCCACGCUGGGUCGGCGGUGCGCGAGAAGAAGCGGCAGGUGUCCCUCAGAGCCGAAGCCGCCCGCGCCGAUGUCAUUAUCAACGAACUCAAGGCGGCGCAGAGCACGCGCGAUACAUCACGCACGCUGGCGCUCGCAUCGCGCGGUCUGGACGCUGCCUCGAAGAGCGUGAAUCUGGAGCAUCUGCUGGCUCAUGCGAAUAACUUUAUGGCGCGCUCGGAGGACUUUAAGAUCGCGAGUAGCGCCAUUGCCGACGUCGCCCAGGGCAUUUCGCAGCAGGAGUAUGGUGCUGAGGGCGAGUCGGAGGUCGAUAAGAUGAUGGAGCAGUUGGCGGAUGAUGCGGGCGUCGAUAUGCGUUUGGCGCUGGAGGCGGAUACGGUACCCAAGGAGGAGGUCAAGGAGUCGAAUAAGCAUGCUGAUGCCGAGGUCGAGGACGCUCUUGGUGCGCGACUGCGGGCUCUUCGUGCGGAGGGUUAAUUUUCAUCCUCUCUGGUCUUGGCUUUUAUGUCUUUAUCGUUAUAUCUACAUCUUGUGCGUUGGUUUUUUCACAUUUUCGGAGUUUUGGCUGUAUACUUAUGAUGAUGAAUACAUUCUGCUAUCCACCUUGCUGUAUAUCUUGACAUCUUAACCGCUGAGUGAUAACAACGAAGAAGCGAGGCGAGCGUCGCGUUUCACCAGACGUAUACACUGCCAAGGAUUUAUCGCUGGCAUAGUUAAUACUAGUCACAUUGGCAAUACCAAUAAUAAAAUUUCACAGGCACUUUUG